CCAGAUCAGUAUCAAAGACCCACAAUCCUGAGAGCAAAGUGAUAUCCUCGACAUCGCUUCCAUGCCUUCUUUACAAACUGUCCCUGGCGCGCAGAGGGCAGAGAGAGCAGACCGAAUCCCAGAAGCGGAAUGGGAGGAACAUCGAGAGAUCAUCAAAAGUUUGUAUCUCGACCAUGGCAUGCGACUGGAAAGUCUUACUGCCCACAUGGAGAAGACGUUCGGCUUCAAGGCGAGUGAACAGCAAUACAAGAUCCAGUUUAACAGGUGGAAUCUGCGAAAGAACAAGAGGCGGCUCGACCAACGGGCCCCGAGCCCAGAUCUAGAGCAACCGCGACUGGCACACCCAACGCUGCGUACCAACGGCUACCCAGCACAUGGCAAUGCUCAGCUCGGUGGCGUAAAUCCCAUCAACGAAGGUCCUAUGGAUAUCCAAAAUCUCCCUGUUUCAUGGAAUAACGGUUUCAAUGCCAUCGGAGGGGUUCAACCAUCGGGACUGGAGGCCGGGUUCGCGCCGGUCGUCCCGUACUCCAACCCAUACUAUUACGCACCGACGUAUGGCGCCCCGCAACCCCCUUACUACGCACAGGCACAGCCCCCGAUGAACACCACAGGUUUCCCAGCUCCGCAGUUCAACGUUCAGUCGGGUAGCCAGGCCGCACAAGAACACUUCCGGCUCAACCAUUAUGUUGACGGCAGUGGUGGCGCCUCGCAGAUGCCCACACGACAAGCGUCUUGCGGUAGCACCACUGCUACCAAGCCCUCACGGCAGGCGAUCCACCAAACCGUCCAAUGUGGCUCCUUGAGGGGCGCAAAACUCCUACUCGACGCCGAUCCAGAGUGCGCACACGCCCUUGACGAAGAGAACAUUGGGCCUGCGUGGAUCGCGGCCCAGGGAGGCUAUGCGGACAUCCUCAGGUUGUUGAUCACGCAGAAAGUCAAGCUCAACGUUCCAAGCCAUAAAAACAACCGCUACGCAAUUCACCAGGCCGCCCAGGGUGGCCAUACACAAGUAGUCAAGAUGCUCUUACAAAACGGAGCCGACCAUGAUCCUGUCGACGACGGCGGCGUUACACCGCUAUGGCUGGCUGCGCAAGGCGGACACCACGAAAUUGUCGAGAUGCUCCUGAAACACAACAGCCCGGGGAAAAAGGCCGACGUUGAAACAGAGUCCCACACCGGAGAACGCCGCGCCAUCCAUCAAGCAGCCCAAGAAGGCCACUUGAAAGUCGUCCAGCUACUUCUCGCGGAAAAGGCAGAGUGCGACCCCGUGGACCAGGAAGGAGUGACGCCCCUCUGGAGCGCGGCACAGAACGGAAGUGCCGAGGUGGUGCGCGAGCUCCUCAAGGCCGGGGCCAAGGUCAACGUGACCCCUUAUGAGCAUAGCCGCCAGCCGAUUCACCAAGCAGCGCAGGGGGGCCAUCUCGAAGUCGUCAAGGCUUUGGUGGAGCAUGGAAGAGCAUCUCUGACACCGGAGGAGGAUACAUUUGAUGAGUCGGAAGCCUCGCCCUUUUUGCUAGCCUGCUCAUCCAAUAACCCAGAGUUGGUUAACCACUUCCUCGACCGCGGCGUCGAUGUCAACAGCAAGACAAGGAAGGGAAAGGGCCCUCUUCAUUGCGCAGCGCACAGUGGCCAUGUCAAGGUCGGCCAGCUCCUCAUCGACAGAAGAUGUGAUGUCGACUCUCGUGAGAGCAAGGGCUGGACCCCGUUGAUAAUUGCCGCACAGGACGGCCACUUGCCCUUUGUCAACCUCCUGAUCGACAACGACGCGAAUAUCAACUCCCAGGAAAACGAUGGCGCUACCGCGCUGUGGAUAGCCGCCCAACAGGGCCAUGCCAACAUUGUCGGCCGCCUCCUGAAGGGCGGAGCGAAGCAGUUGUCGACGAAGGAGUCUGGUCGGCGUCCGAUCCACCAGGCAGCCCAGAACGGGCAUCUCGCCUGUGUCAAGUUGCUCCUCAAGCACUCCCCCAAAGAGAUUGACGUGGCCGCUCGGGACGGAUUCACCGCUCUUACGCUUGCUUCGCAGAAGGACAAGCCCGAGAACCUUGCCGUGAUGAGGUACCUGGUCAAUGCCGGCGCCAAGGUUAUAUGACGCGGCCGUCGCACUCGGUGUUACUGUGUUAGAGUUCCUGCUUUGUCAAGUUAGAAAGUUGAAUCAAAUCUGCUCGCUUAUUAACUGCCUAAAGUUUGGUGGAAAGAUCACAUGCACUGUGAAACUGUGAAACAACGGGGUUAUGCACAUGUACGCACGCAACAGGGCGCGUUCCUCUCCAAGGAGACAGUCAGUU